AUGCUCUUGGUAAUUAAGAUCGCAUGCGUCACUAUCAGAUGGAGUAUGGGCGUGUCCCUGCUCACGAUUUGUUCAGAGGAACAUGUGUCGUACAAAGCGGCAUACUUCAAAAUGCUUCUUUUGAUCAGACAGCGGAGGUCCUCAUUCCCUGUUUACAUAGACAAUCGAGUCGGUGCGCUCUUGGCUUAUACUAUUGAGCGCGAUAUGGUCCUACGGGCCGAAGGAAUCGAUCCUCGUGCGCGGUUGGGCAUCGAGGAGUUGCUAGUCGCUCGUCGAGGUCCCGUCAAGACCGCAGCCCCUGUUUCUGCUGUCUCGUCGGCGCGGGGACCGUCUACCGGCUCCUCAAAAAUGCCCGACGAGCGACGACUUGGUGCCUCCAUUCCCCCGAAGGCUGUUUCUGGACUAAUGGCUACCACUUUAAAUCACAACCUUUUCGUCAUGAAUGUUGAGACGAAUAUCAUUCCCGGCUCUGAAAUAUCCAGCAUCAAGGACUGA